AUGAUCAAUCUUGAAUUUGAUCGUCUUCUGGAUUCUCUGACUUGCGGGUCUCAAGAUUUUAAUCAAUCCAAGAAUUCUAGGAAGAUUCAACACCUUGACAGCAACAUUCUACAAGACACCGACCACUACCCAGAAAAUCAGAAACAUAGCAGUGGCAGAGGAUCCAAAUGUGACCAAUCGGCUGAUGGUCUUGUGCUAUUCACAAUUGACGCCAAUUCUAUUCCAACCGAGUUCAUUGAUUCGCCGACACUUAAUUCAUAUAUCCAUUCUUUUGACAUCAAAAACCAACUCAUUUUAGUGAAGCUGGCUUCUACUAUUCACGCCAAUGCCAUCGGGGAGAUCAACACCGCCCUCGACAAGGCACUUGAUCAUAUAGGACAUCUUGAUCAUGUCAAGCGCUUCAUGGGUGCCCUGGUCCGUGUUACAGAUGAGAAAGGUCAUGGCAAAGGCAAAGUUGGAGACCAUGGGUGGGGGCUUUGUACCCCACCGGCCGGCUUUCCCGACAAGCCAACUGUCACCUUAGAAGUCGGCUACUCAGAGUCAGAGAAGAAGAAAAACAACGCUAUGACCAUGCCUGUCAAAAUACGAGGUGCUUUAGCAUAUAGGCGCGACAGGUCGAGAAAAGGGGCAUGGUCCCUGCAUCGAACAAGGUCUGUUGGACAUGUCUGA